CAUUCGUAAGAUUGUAAAUGCAUAACUUCUGAUUUCUAUGUAUUUUAGUAGCCGCAAUUUUAUCUAUAUUAUGACUUGUGUCGUGUUUCGAGUACUUAACAGUUCAUAUCGAUAACUAUAGUGGAUAUAAUAUUAUUACAUAGUCGAAAGUUUCCGCGUGUUAUCGAAUUAACUCGUGAUCAUAACAUCACAUUAUUAUAUUGUACGUUGAUUUUAUAUAUACGUUUACUAUGUUGUCAAAUAGUUGUCAUUUACAUUUCGAUGCACGCGAAUAACCAUCAGAAAUCGUUUUAGCAUUAUAUCUUUAUGGUAUUUAAACUUUAAUAUAAGAUACACUUUUCUACGAUGAACGAAAACGGCAAAAAUUCAAAAAUAUGCGAAAAGGACACAUACGGCACGUUUUUCGACGAUGCUACUUCCGAAACUUCGUUGUUAAAUGACAACUAUAGCCGAGUCAUGGGUAAGAUGAGUGGGUCGGUGGUGAUCAACGUGAAACGGCCGGUAUACCAGCUGGAUGAUUUACACGAUUGCAAUGCGAACGGUGACGUGGAACUGGAGGCGACCGUCAAGCGGAAAAAAGUGGCCAAGCUGAAGUGGUCGGAUGUAAAAACGGUGGUUCCGGCAAUCGACUGGCUGUUCACCAACUACAAUUGGUCCGAAGACUUCUUCAAGGACUUCGUGGCCGGGUUUACGGUAGCCGUGCUAAACAUACCUCAGGGUAUGGCGUACGCUAUGCUCGGCAACGUGGACCCGACCGUCGGCCUCUACAUGGCCAUCAUGCCCGUAAUCGUUUACAGUCUGAUGGGUACGUCAAGACACGUGUCGAUGGGAUCGUUUUCGGUCGUUUGCUUGAUGACCGGCAAGGUGGUAAACACGUACGCCAAUAAAAACUUCAUCAACGCGGACGCCACAGCCGGUGCGAUCGUUGAUCAAGCGGUAUCGCUGCAGCCGCAUCAUGAGGAUACCGUGUACUCGUCCAUCGAGGUGGCCACGGCCGUCACUCUGAUGGUCGGCCUCAUACAGAUACUCAUGUAUGUGUUUCGGUUGGGCGUCGUGUGCACGAUACUGUCYGAGACGCUGGUCAGCGGGUUCACGGCCGGUGCUGCUGUCCACGUGGUCACUUCUCAGAUGAAGGAGCUGCUGGGCGUCAAGAUCGAUAACCACAAUGGACUGUUCCAGAUCGUGCUUACCUACUACGAUAUUGGCAACCGGAUACGAGACGUCAACUUCGCUACGAUCACCGUGUCCUUCGUCACCGUUGUUCUGCUGCUAUCCUACAAUUUGUACCUAAAAGCUUUCAUCAACAAGCGCCUGUUCAUGCCCGUGCCCAUCGAGCUUAUCACGAUUGUCAUCGGGACGGCUCUUUUCCAGUUCUCCACGUUCUCGGAAGACUUUCAAAUCAAACUGAUAGGUGAAAUCGAGAGAGGGUUACCCGUCUUCAAACCACCGCCGGUGAACUUGCUGAUAAACGUGAUCACCGAGAGCGUGAUAAUCGCUAUCGUCGCGUACUCGAUCACCAUGUCCAUGGCGCUGCUGUUCUCGGAGAAGCUCAAGUACACGAUCGACACGAAUCAAGAGCUGCUGGCCCAGGGCGUCGGCAACGUAUUCGGUUCGUUCUUCUCGUGUCUGCCGUUCGCCGCGUCUCUGUCGCGUAGCGCCACCCAGCAGACGGUCGGCGGCCGCACCCAGAUGGCCAGCAUCGUGUCGGCCGGUCUGCUGGUGGCCGUUGUCUUGUGGAUCGGCCACCUGUUCCAGCCGCUGCCUAGGUGUGUGCUGGCCAGCAUCACGAUCGUGGCCCUAAAGGACAUACUGCUACAGGUGCGCGACGUGGUGCGCGUGUGGCGGACGUCUAAGGCGGACGCGGCCAUCUGGAUAGUCACGUACGCWACCGUGGUGCUGGUCGAGAUCGACGUCGGGCUGCUGGCCGGAGUGCUCAUGUCGCUGUUCUUCGUGUUCAGCCGAGGAAUCGGCACCGGUGUCGUGGUACUAGGACGGGUACCCGAGACUGACCUGUACGUGGACAUGGACAGGUACCGGCUGGCGGUCGAGGUGCCCCGCGUCCGGAUCGUCCACUACUCCGGCAGCCUGAACGUGACCAACCGGAACGUGUUCCGGGAAAAGGUGCACAGCGUGCUGUCCCGGUACGACGGGCAGCUGGCACCCAUCACCAUAUCGAUAAACAGUGGCAAGGAGACGGUGGUCCGAGCCCAGUGCGUCGUGUUCGACUUGGCCGGUAUGCAUUACGUGGACAGCUCGGGGCUUACCAUGUUCGCGCGGCUCGUCGACCAGCUYAACGAGGCGGGCCUGCUGGUGUACGUGGCCGCCGUGUCGGGCAACGUGUACGAUUGCAUGCGAGCCCGGCAACUCGGCACGGUGCAGUUCUUCCCGUCCGUUCAYGACGCCGUUGAAUACUACAACAACUUGGAAGAGUUGAGAGCGUGAUCGCGUCCGCCCGUCCGUCAGUCGCAGUGGUCCUUCCUUUCCGAGCGCGCGCCCCGAAAAAAAUCGUCUCCAGUCUGUCUAUAUAUUAUAUAUUAUUAUUCGUAUAAACAUUUGUGUCUUCGUGUGAAAAAUGGUUCGGUUUGGCGUUUAGCCUAUGGAAAAUAAUAAUAAUAAUAAUAAUAAUAAAAAAWAUAUAUAUAUAUAUAACAAAAACAAAUUCCUAAUCGAUCGUAUUCGUUGGCGCGAAUAAAAUAUAUCUCAAAACCGUUUCCGAUCAGGGUAAACCGCACGUCUGUCAUAUAAUAAUUAUAUAAUAAACAUCACGCUAUUAUUAUAUUGCAUGCAAUCGAUUCGGUCGACUAGAGCGCAGUUUUAUUUUAGAUUCUUUUCGUUUCCUGUCGUAGCCGAAUGUGUWGGACAAAAUGUCGGAUAAACGAAGUAGUUCCUAUGGUCUAGCGAGGUUAAAUAAUAUAGUAGAUAGGUACAUCAUCUUUAAAAUGUCGUCUUAAAUGAAUAACUCGAUGAAAACACAUUGGUAACGCGUUAUGCGAUUUUUUAAGGACGUUAUAAUCGACGUAUAUCAUUAUAAACAAAUUUAUACUAUAACCAUUAUUGUGCGAUCGAUUCGGUCCGUGUACAUAUUAAUAUAGUAAAACGGUGAUCUCCAAAGAAAAUUAGGCAUUUGUACAUAAUAUAUUAUAUUAUUGUUUAUGUUUUAUAACAGGUUGUUCAAUCUUCGGUAUAAAAUAUCCUAACCUAACGCCAAAUGUGAAUACUAUAAAUUAUUACAACAAUUUUCAUUUUGAUCGGUCAGACUUAAUACAAUAUCAUCGUCUUGGUUCAGCAUAUCCGAUAAUACCCGAUGGAUUUUUUAGUCAACAUUUCAGUACGCCACGUUAAUCGCUAGCACCUAAAUAAAUAUAUGGGCGUGGUUUCAUGAAUUAAUUUUCAAACUGCAGGGAAUUUUAUUUGUAUCGGCGUUAAAGGAAAAACGGUCCUCGGCKCCAGUUUUUUCAGUCUUAAACGUUUUCUAGUGCUUAUAUAAACCAAUUUACCGCAAAAUCUUAGCUUCUAUAGCGCGGUGUUUCUGUUGCAUAAAGAACUUUUUUAAUAAAAAUACAUUUAGCAAAGUACGUUGAAACAAUGUAUAAUAGUUAUAAUUAUUGAUAUUAAUAUUACUAUCGUCAAAUAAUUUUAUCUUUUGGUUUCCGAUAGUGUUUACGUUGAAUAACGUAUAGGUAUGUUUCUUAUGUUUAAAGAUACAUAAUUUUUUUAUUCACUUCUUCCUAAAGUCCUAGUAAUCAAUCACGGUGUGGUCUUUGAUACACUAGUCGUUUAUAAUAAACAGCUUAAUAACUUGAAUAUCACAUCGGAGUUGUUACCUAAAUAUAGCUAUAUUUCAUGUUGGUUCAUAUUCCACGGAAUUUAUUAUUAUUUUUUUUUUUGUUUUUGAUAUAGGCAUUGUGAAACAUUCGUAAAAAUCACUAAUCAUCUCCUCGACGAUAAGCCGCGGGUUACCCCAGCGUGAUGUUUAGUAUAUGGUGUAUACUGUAUAUAGGUACUCCUCAGUUGUUCACCUACCGCACACGUGUAACAUUUUGCUGUGUUUGUAAUAAACGUUGAUGAUGUACCAUGUACCAUUAGUCCAUUACUUAUUCUCGGUGAGUUAUCGUCGUCGWGUGUCGUGAAACCUAUAUUAAUUGGAAAUCGAUCGGUUGUUAAAAACCGCGGGUUUGUGAUUAAAGGAUUUCUUCAUAUUGCGUUGUUGAUUUUUUUAACACCAUCUCUACAAUAAGGCCGGAAUUCACGCCUUUUUCGAAUUAAUUACAAAAAAAUAUGUCGUUGUUAAAAAAAUGUACAACACUUCAAAAUAAUUGUUAUACCGAAAUCUAUACACCCAUAUAUCUAACUGCGAUACCAUAGAGUAUUGCCGGUAGUAGAACAUUUAGAUACUCAGUCUCUUUUUGUGGGAAAACGUAAUUAAUCGUCCGAAUUUAAUCCUUGUGUGAUAUAAUAUAAUAUAAGCCUAUUUUUUUGUUAAUUUUAUUUUUGGAUAAAMAUAUAUAGCGUUGACUAAAAUGUUCUAAAUAGUAUUUAGUGUACCUAAUUAUGUUUACAUAUACAUAUAUCUUAUAAAUAUAUUACAUGUAUUGUUUCAUAAUAAUUGUUAUUUUUAUACUUAAUCAAAACAAAAUAAUAUUGUUUUCAUCCAAUUUAUAUUUUUAAGUUCUGUUCGUCAAUUUUUUUUUCGACUCAUAUAAUGAAGUUUAGACACAGGUGGAGGACAUUGUUCUAUUGUUCUUAUGUUAUUUUAUAUAAUAUUAGCGAAUAAUACAUUUAGAAUGUUGUUCGUGGUUUUCAGAUGAUAAGUUGAUGGAGUAAAUUAUCUUUCAAGUUAAUAGUCGUGGACCGCGGUUAUAUUAAUUUAAAUAGCAAUACAUUAUUACUCUGUAUAUAUUUAUUAAAAACUUUAUAUUUUGUUGAU